UGAAAAAGUAGAAGGUGGAAGGUGGAUUUAUUGUUCGUUUGCAAAAAAAUGUUGUAGACAAUAUUUUCAUAAUACGUAUUGCUGGAGAAAACACGCUUCCCACUACAACAAUGAAGCCCUUAAUAGAUUUUGACGAGUGCCUAAGGGAUUCUCCUAAGUUUAGGGAGCAACUGGAGACCGAGGAGGCGAGCAUCGAAUCAUUGGAGCAAAAACUGGACAAGGUUUUGAAAGCCUGUUCUGUUAUGGUUGAAUCGGGAAAAACAUACAUGAGUCAUAGAGGUGCAUUCACAAAUGCCCUAUGGGACCUGAGUGGCAAUUUCUCUGAGGACCCAACAGUGAUGGCGACACUAAACCGCAUGAUCCAUGGGCUGCAGGAGAUGAACAAGUUCCACUCUAUACUACUGGACCAAGCAUCCAGGACUGUUGUUAAAAAUCUCACUGCUUUCGUAAAAGUUGAUAUUAAAGGCGUAAAGGAAAGCAAGCACCACUUUGAAAAAAUCUCAAAUGAUCUGGAUAUAGCUUUAAAUAGGAAUUCUCAGGUGUCACGUCACAAGCCUCAAGACGUGGAGGAGGUGGUGAACCUGCUGCUAGCCACCCGCUCCUGCUUCCGCCACACGGCCCUCGACCAUGUGCAGAAGAUCACCAUGCUGCAGGCACGCAAGCGGCACGAAAUACUUGCCACGUUCCUGUCGUACGUGCAAGCUUGCUGUACGUAUUACCACCAGGGGGCUGAUUUGUCCGAGGAUUUGGAGCCUUUUCUCAAGUCCACGGCGGAUGAGAUUACUACAAUGCGUAACGACACUAAGAUACUUGAUAAGGAAAUGGAGAACCGGCAUACUAUCGUGAACAGUAAGGACACGGUGCUGCCGAGCUGCAAGGCCAAUGAGAGCGAGGGGGACUGCAAGGAUGGACUGUUGAGUACUCCAUGCCUGAAGAACUUGCCGCGCAUGCAAGGGUACCUGUUCAAACGGACCUCGAAUGCUUUCAAGACGUGGAACCGGCGGUGGUUUUACUUAUACGACAACCGACUUGUGUACAGAAAAAGGACGGGUGAAUUGAACGUGACAGUAAUGGAAGAGGACCUGCGCCUGUGCACCGUGAAGCACGUGUUGGAUGGCGAGAGGCGAUUCUGUUUCGAAGUGUUGUCGCCUUCAAAGAGCCACAUGCUUCAAGCGGAUUCAGAAGAGAUGCUCAACUCGUGGAUAUCGGCGUUACAAAAUGGGAUCCGCUCGGCGAUCCAACAAGGACAGAGUCGCGAGAACCCGGACCAACUGAUGCUCGUCCCGGACGACUCGAGGACUGACGACAACAAGCACAACAUGAACGCUGGCAUGAGGAAAGUCAGGAUAUGGGAGCAACUGCUGAGCAUCCCGGGCAACAACUACUGCUGUGACUGCGGCGGACAGAACCCGCGGUGGGCCAGCAUCAACCUUGGCAUCACACUCUGCAUCGAAUGUUCUGGUAUACAUCGUUCGCUAGGCGUGCACGUCAGCAAAGUGAGAUCUCUUACCCUAGACGACUGGGAGCAUGAUAUUAUAAAGGUGAUGGCUGAACUGGGCAACAAAAUAGUAAACCUAAUCUACGAAGCUAACACUGAAGGUACUACCAUCACUAGAGCAACUCCUGACUGUGAAACGUCAGUCCGGGAAGCGUGGAUCCGCGCUAAGUACGUGAAUCUGUCAUUCGUGAAGAACAUAGUGAACCCUAGUGUGGCAAAUGAUGGUACCGACUGCGCCGCCGUGUCUCCACUGCGGAAUGCACGGCGGUGGUCCGUGAGGCGGACGAGGCGUAGAGUACGCGCGCCAGCCGUUCCGGAAACAAUCAAUGACGAAAAGAGUGACAAAAGCGACGUAAAUAGCAACGCGAGCGUAUCCGAAAGCGACAGCAAGUCUCAAGGCAGCCCGGUACUAGUAAUCGGCGCGGAGUUAGCUGGCGAACGGCGCGUGGAUCUCAGCAUACCUUCAGACCACGACUCCACUGAGGGGGAGGACGUUGAUGAGAAAGCGACCGAAGACAUCUCGCUGCUGUCCCCGGGCGCGGUGCUGCACCGCGCGGCGCGCGCGCACAACGUGGCCGUGAUGCGCGCCGCGCUGGCGGCCGGCGCCGACGUCAACGACACCGCGCCCGCGCGCCGCACGCCGCUGCACUCCGCCGUGCUCAGUGGUUCAGAAAUGGCGUGUUCGUUUCUGCUGCUGAAUGGAAGUAAACUAAACGCACAAGACGAAGACGGCAAGACGCCGCUACACCUGGCUACGGAGGGAGGCCAUACUGGACAGGUGUGCCUGCUACUGCGGUACCGCGCGGACCAGUCCAUAGUAGACAAGGAAGGCAACACGCCCCUCGACAUCGCCGUCUCACACGCCAACGCCGAUAUUGUUACGCUAUUGCGACUGACGAAGCUGAACGAGGAGAUGCGGGAGAGCGAGAUGUCCUCCAACGACGAUACGUACAACGAGGUGUUCCGCGACUACACGCAGCUGGCGCACUCGCACCCCGAGCGGCUGCUGCGGCACCGGCACAACAACAACGAAGGUGAACAAUCGAGUGAAUGACAAAGCGCGCCGCCCACUCGGCGAAGGUGGCUGUGGUAACGACCGCUGAACGACUCCCGCGACUAGUACGUACAUUGUGCUCUAUUUAAUCUAUACAUUAACUUUGUAGGAUUAGACAAGAAUCAAGAAUAAACGUGCCCACUAUUGACCGAUCUCAAACAGGGGAGAUUAAAAAGGCCACAUCACAGCAAAUCAUGUAAAAAUACAAUAUUCCUAUUUAAGAAGAAGAUUAGUUCAACAUUUCUUCAUAUACAGACAUAUAUCGCACCAGUUUAUUAACACGUUUACUCCUGGGUCUGUUAAACCGCACAUGUCACGAAUGAUUAUGCAAUAUCCGCAGCUAUCCAAAUCCACAUGUAUUGUGUUGUUAAGACACAGCAAAACACUUCAACCAUUGUAGUACCAGGGUUGAUGAGGUUGGUCAUCCACCUCACAACCCACACGAUAGAAGAUUGUAGUAUCGAUAAUUUGAAAACUCAUACAGCAAUUUUCGUAAUAAUUCUUUCAAAUCUUUCACACACAAACGUUGAACAUAUUGCGUAGGGUCGAAGUAUCUCAUAAAUAAUGUGUACGAUUCUUGAUUCUUUCUAGAAAAUGCUAGCAAUUUGGUUCUAAUGUACGCGAUUUUAUUAUUUAAGUAACGAAUAGUCCGACGAACUGACUUAAAACGGGGAGGUUAAAAGGCAACAUCGAAGCAAUUCAUCUAACAAAGCAAUAUUGCCAUUUGACAUUUGUGUGCAUUGCGCACUUACUUUUAUAUGCGCAAAUGUAAAAUUUUAUAUUGCUUUUUUAGAUGAAUUGCUCGAACGUGGCCUUUUUAAUCCUCCAGUUCACAAGAUUGAUAUUAAGAUGAUAUUUGUGUAAACGCAGAUAUUGAGCAGUGUUACGUCACAGACGGCAUUAUUAUAUAAGGAUAUUUUUUGGGCUAACUCUUCAAGACUAUUUAUCGCUGGCCAUAAAAUAUAAGUUGGGAAACCUAGUACACUUUAUAAAGGACAGUUGUACAAAAGGUAACCAAACGUUUCUGCCAUGAAGUGGUAGAUAGCCAGUAGGGUUGGUCUAAAAUGUGUAUUAUUUUAAAUAGUUUUAGUAAUUUAAUGUCAAAAUCAAGACGUGAUAAAUAGUUAAAGUAAACAGUGUUCUAAAACUUUUAAUUAGUGUUGAAUCUAAAAUCAAUGUGAAAAUGUUUUGAACUAACAUGAAAUGUUUUUUUUAAAUAACAGAUUUUAUGAAAAAGUCAAAAUUUAAAUUGUGAUCUCUACGAAUUUUAUACGAGGCUUUAGACGAUUUUGUAACUAAUCACAUUACACUGCGCUGCCAAACAUUAAUAUAAUGGUCUAUAUUGUAUUGGUACAAGUUCCAUGAAGUAUUUCACAUUGUCUCAAUUAUAAUGACUAUUACUAAUAAAGUAUAAUAAUAUUAGGGCCAUAUUUUAUAUUUACACGGUGUGAUGUUUAUUUUUGUAUUUUUAGUAAACCAAAGAUUUUUAUGUCGAGGUUAUUGGGACUGGAUAUAGCCUAUGACGCCGGUCUACCAACCAGAUAUAUUUUAUUUACAAUUAUUGGUCAGAUAUGAAUCAGUGCUUCUAUUAACAUUCCUGUUUUUUAUAUCUCUUUAAUCAGUUUACAAAGUCAUUCCAAAACCAGCAUUUUUAAUUGUUACGAAACAUAUUUUUGAAAUUCUUCAGAAUCUCAAUAUUUGCUUCAGCGAGUAAUGUUUUAUUUUUAGUAUAAUACAUAAUUAAUUAUAAUAAUUAUUAUUGUAAGUACUAUUGACUAUCGCUUGCCAACUUUUCUACGUAUAUUUCUCGUUUUUAUAUGAAAUUCAAGUUUACAUAUUCUCGUCUUGCCGAUAUAGAUUCCCUGUUAAAUUCUCAAUGAAUAAAUUUAAACGUUUUAUACAAUAAACUUGAAUUUUGAUGAAUUUACCUAAAUAGAUUUAAGAGUUAGAUGUGCUGUUAGUUGCUUGUUAUUGAUAAUUAAUGUCUAUUAUUAUUAUAGCUUGAGUAUUUUUAAAAGUUACGCUGCAUUUUUGUGAAACUAUAAAAAAUAAAGUUAACUCGGAUUUACGGAGCAUUAGACAUGACCCCACGUAGAACGAUAUACCCAACUCUAUUUUCUACACAUCUCAUAGGUACUGAAAAGUCUAAAAAGGAAAUUUGAAAAAGUAUCACAUUAAUACAUUUUACUUUAAUUAGCACUUGUAACUUUUAACUGUACAAAAGUUUAUAUACUUAUACAAUUAUCGUAGUUAUAUUGCCUGAGCAAAGGAGAUAUGACUUCGGGACCGAUAUUAAAAUUGUUGUUAUUGUUUAUAUUGGAGUAAUAUACAAAGUAUAAUUACUUUUACGUGCAUAAUGUUGAAAGUGACAACUUGUCGUGAAUACUGUAAUCAAUCAAAGAUUAUCAACAUGAGCAUAUUUAAGUAAACAAGUAUCGUGUGAGCAUUUACAGCAAACAUAAAGUUGUAAUUCGGCUAGCAUAGCGGUGGUAUAGCUUUGAUUGUUACACUAUUUUGACGUAAUAUGAACUCUUCCUUUACAAAUUGACCUACUUGAAUCUCAAAAAUGUCAACUAUAGUAACAUUACUAGCUCUUAUAUAUACAGGGAUAUUUCAGAGCUAAGACAGAGGAAGUAAUAUGUAGUUUCAGGUAAUAUAAGAAUAGCACGAUAUCCACAUAGUGCCAUGAAAGCACUUACAAUAAGUAUCUUUACAUAAUAUCGACAGCCCUUUCGGCACAGCAACUCGCGUCGUCGUCAACAGCAAAACGUCGCGUGGCUAUUGGUCGAAACCCUCGAUGUAUUUCGCACUUGCUGUGCAGAACCGGCUGAUAUUGUUAUAUUUAUUUACAUUGGUGUCUAUUUACUAUGCCUUUAUAGAUCAAAUUAUACACAACGAAUAUUGUACGUAGCAGAGAUAAUCAAGGUUCAACGUUAGCCUACAUUUAGAUUGACACACUUGAAUUUGAAAUACAGUUAUACACUUUUUAUAAAACCCCUCGGAUAUAAUUAUAAUACUCCCGUUAUACUGUUGAUGUAAUGCAUUAUAGUUGUAUUUGAAUAAAGUAUUGGAACGAAAA